AUGGACCAAAGUGCAAAAGAAGAAAUCCUCAAAUACGUUAAGGAAAAUUUAUCAAAAAUUCACUUUAAAACUUUAAGAGCUAAUGAGGUCGAACAAAGUGAUGAUGAAAAAUUACGGAUCAUGCGUCAAACACUGAAUGAUCCUGCUUUGUUUUUAUCAAAGUGGGGAAAAUUUCUCGAAAAAGAACAAUUGAUGUUGUUUGAUAGGCUUAGAGAUGAUUAUGAAGUAAAUUGGCACUUAAAUAAUCUCCAGUCAAAAACCUCGUCUUAUUCAACAUUAGCCGCAUCUCGUAAUAUUAAUCCGACAGCUCGUCACAAUAAACAAAUUUUAAACAGAAGAUAUAGAUACUUAAUCACUAAACUUGAUGAUACUUCAUACUUUAGUGAUGAAGCAAUGGAACGUAGAGAACCAUUAUUAUAUGAAGAUUAUGUGGGGCAAUAUACUUCACAAGAAGAGAGAUAUCCACCCUUUGCUGAUAAUGUUGAUUUAGUUGAUCGGAUUUUGUACGAUAUUGAUCAGAAUUAUAUACAUGAUAGGCUGGAGCAUGAACGAAGAAUUAGGAACGAACAGUUUGAAGAGGAAGAUGAUGAUUUUGAGGAAUUAUCAUUGGGAAUUGACAAUGACACAAAAAUAGUCAAAGAUAUCGAUAAGCCGUCAGUUCAAAAUGGAAAUUAUAUGAACACAGGGAAUGAUCAAUCCAGUGCAGCAAUGAUGAUAGAUAGUUCGCCGAGAAAUGAUUCCAUUAGCAUUAAUGAAACAAAUGAUAUGGAAGGACAACAGAAUUCCACAAGAGCGUCUGUGGACCAACGCAUGCAAAUAUCAGAUGAGGAAAGGGAACAGUUGAGAGCCGAUCUUGUUGAUAUUAUGAGAGAAAGGUUUUUCGCUGGAAACGAUCCAGAUUUCGAUUACGACGCAGUGGAUUUUAAUGAAGAAUACGAUGAUCUUAAUGUUGAAGAACAGGAAAUCCAUGAUAAAUAUUUUGAUAACGAAGAUCCAGAUGUUCUGGAUAGCGGAACCGCUAAUUCAUUCUUUGCUCAUGAUAUUCCAAGUAAACUUUUAAUACAACUAGCAGCACAAAGUUUUCACUCGAAUGCGAUGGUUAAAACUUCUGACAUAGCCAAACCAUUGGCAAUUCAUUGGAGAUUU